UUCCUCUGUUGCACGGAUAACCCUCAACGCCACUCCAUUUUUAGGGAGGACCUGGCAUCUUAAGUUCAAAAUCGACGUAUUCGAUUCCUCGAAUUAUCUAUUCUAAGAGAAGAAACGCAUCUCCAACAGCUCAAGAUGGCUCCGUCGCAAGUGAACAUCCUCCUCUCGUCCUUCCCAGGCCUUUCUCUCCCAUCUACAAUCUCCUUCUCCCUCCCAUCGACGUCGACUCUCUCAGACCUUACAGAAAAAGUCUCGACAUAUAUCCCAUCUUCGGUUCCUUUCCAGUCCCUAACUCUCACAACCACAAGCAACAAACAACUUCUUCCCUCUCCACGUCUAGUCUCCGACCUUAUCUCCUACAAUGACGAAACCACCGCGCCAUCCAACCUCCUCCCCCUCCGCCUCAGCGUUCCCAUCCGCGGAGGAAAAGGUGGUUUUGGUUCGCAGCUGCGCGCCGCUGGUGGUCGCAUGUCUAGCAAGCGCAAGCGCAACCAGGGCGAUGAUAAUGGAUCCAGCCGAAACCUUGAUGGGCGGCGGCUCCGUACCGUUAACGAAGCAAAGGCACUCGCGGAGUACCUAGCCGUGAAGCCUGAAAUGGACCGGAAGGAGAAAGAAGAGCGCCGACGAAGGUGGCAGGCUGUCGUGGAGGCAGCCGAGAAGCGCCAGGAGGAGCUGAAGAAUGGCGAUGGAAAGCAAAAGGUUGAUGGUCAGUGGAUGGAGGAUAGAGAUGAGAUGAAUGAGAAGGCAAGGGAGGCUGUUUUGGCGGCUAUGAAGGAAGGCACUUGGACGGAUAAUCUCCGGGAUGUCCUUCUGGGCGGGUCUAGUACAAGUGCGAGUGAGGGAAGUGGUCAGGAGGGAUCAUCUAGCUCGGAGGAAAGUGAGGAGGAGGAGGGAGAUGAGAUGCAGGAUGCGCCUGCACAGCCUGGGUCAUCACAGCCCUCUGCUGCGCCUAGGAGGUAUAUUGGGUUUGAUGAGGAUGAUGAAUUCAUGAGUGACUCUGAGGAGGAGGAGGAGGAGCCCGAAGAUCGCGUGGUUCCACGGGUUCCCAGGUUAAUGCGACCUACAUUACACAUUCAACAGCGCCAACCGCGCUUCCUCCUGGAACGGUCAACCCGGCUUCUUUUUUCACGGCCGGAGGUAGUUUCCAGCCAAAGCCUCACCACCCAACUGCCGACAACGCAAUUACGCAGCCUAUCCUUGAGCACAACUUGUCGCGCUAAAUCCUCGGAGCUUGUUGAUUCUGUACUUCCUGUCUGCUGUCCGGGAUGUGGUGCGUAUGCGCAGACCGUCGAGGCCAACGAGCCAGGGUACUAUAGCAAAACUCGAAAGCAAACACGAAGGCUUUUAUCUGAGUUACAGGAGAGGGAGGCAGAUGAGUCUAUAAGGGAGAAAGCAGUAGCAACGAUACAGGAUGUCAUUACAGAGGCGGACACUAUUCCCAAGCCGCGUCACAACGCCUUGCUAGAAAAUGCGACAGGCACCCUCAGCCAAUACCUCGAGAAGUCGCAAUCUCCAGUUCAGGUAUGUGACAGGUGCCACGACCUGUUACAUCACAACAAAGCGGUUUCCGCUGUCUCGCCGUCGAUAUACUCUAUUAGCGCUUAUCUUGACGAGACACCUUAUAAAGACAACCGGGUCUACCAUGUGAUUGAUGCUGCAGACUUUCCUAUGUCGCUGGUUGAUGACAUAUACGACGAGCUUUCUCUUCAGGACCAGCGCUCACGGAAUCGGCGAUCAGCAACGGAGAAAUAUAGCCGUGGACGAAAACUACCAACUGUCUCAUUUGUCAUAACGCGUUCUGAUCUCCUAGCGCCCACUAAGGACUUGGUUGAUUCGAAGAUGGAGUACGUCCGGUCCGUUCUUCGUGAGAAAUUGAACCUUUCUUCCGAGGAAUUCCGUCUGGGGAAUGUCCAUAUGAUUAGCUCCCACCGAGGUUGGUGGACAAAGAAAGUCAAAGAGGAGAUUCAGGAACACGGAGGUGGUAUUUGGAUCGUGGGUAAAGCGAACGUUGGCAAGAGCAGCUUUGUGGAGGCCUGUCUUCCGAAAGACUCAAAGAAUCUGGAGAAAAUGGCCGAGCUUGUGGAACGUCGACAGGCGGAAUCUGAGACUACUAAUCAACAGAACCACACAUUCAUCUCUUCAGACGGGCUUCUCCCACCUGCGCCACGAGAGGACCUCUACCCUAUCCUUCCUGUAGUGUCGUCACUACCAGGUACCACUGUGUCACCAAUUAGAAUACCCUUCGGCCGUGGUAAGGGCGAGGUUAUUGACUUACCUGGUCUUGAUCGUGGAGAUCUAGCAGAAUAUGUUCUUGACCAGUACAAGCGUGAUCUCAUCAUGACCAAACGAAUAAAACCUGAACGCUACACCAUUAAACCAGGCCAGUCCUUACUACUUGGAGGCGGCCUCGUUCGGAUUACCCCUCUAGAUCCAGAUGCUAUUGUAAUGGCAGCUUGCUUCGUCCCCAUCGAAGUUCAUCUUACAAAAACUGAAAAGGCUAUUGAAAUGCAAGCCGGGACUCGCCCAUACCCCGGAACCAGCAUUGUCAAAGAAGGCAUCAGUGAGAUCAUUUCCUCCGCAGGAGCCUAUGACCUGAAAUGGGACGUCACUCAAUCACAUCUCCCCACGUCAAUAGAAAAAGCCAUAGAAGAUAAAGGAAUACGACCACCCUCUUUGCCCUACAAAGUGAUGUCAACGGAUAUCUUGAUUGAGGGCUGUGGCUGGAUCGAACUGACGACUCAAAUCCGAGCCAAGUACUUGCAGCAUCAAGACGAACCUACCGCCUCCUUUCCACAGGUGGAAGUCUUCACGCCAAAUGGGCAGCAUAUUGGGUCCCGACGACCCAUUGAAUGCUGGAAAUUCACGGCUAAGAAAUUAACGUCUGACCGGCGAAAGAAUACUUCCCGGGGACGUCAAAACGUCGGACAGAAGAAGCGAACUCAGCAUUCAGCGAAACUUUGAAUGACGACUCAUAAGGAUGGUUUGUGAUACAUCCUGAAGCAUUAUAUCACUACUUUGUAUACUAUAAGCAUAGCGACUGGUGUUGAUAAAUAAAUACCCCUUGUAUUAAAAGUACUUCAUUUAGAUAUAUACUUUUGUGUCAUAGGAUAUGCGUUGUCACAAGAUAGCGGAGAAUGG